AUGACCAAGGCAACUUCAAUAAGGAAGAGUUUAUUUAGACUUAGGGUUCCAGAGGGAUGAGAGUCCAUCGUGGCAGGGAGGCAUAGCAGCAGGCGCAGGGGGCUGAGAGCUCACACCCUCAAACACAAGCGCAAUCAGAAAGAGCAAGCAGGAAGUAGCUAUAUCAUCUCAAAGCCCGCCUGCAGUGACACACUUUCUCCAGCAAGUCAGCGCCACAUAUCCCUCCCCAAACAGUGCUACCAAGUGGGAGCCGAGAGUUCAAAUACCUGAGACUAUGAGGGACACUUCUCAUUCAAACCACCACAGACGCUAGAGAACAAUACAGAGGAUCAGUAGAACAAAGAGCGGGUUAAACAAGAUUAACAAAGCCUUAGCUGUGUUAGCAUCUUAACCAAAGACAGAGGAUGCAAAUUAAUAAAACUAGAGAUGAGGAAGGAGAUAUUAACAUACACUUCUACUACCACUGAAAGCCGGAGGGUCACUGGGGAACAUUCUGAGCGCUUGAAUUUUAACAAAGUGGAAAGUCUCCCAGAAGCACAUUCCUAGACUCCUAUGAAUUGUUAUGUUGGUUAGUGUUCAUUACCAACUUGAUGGAAUUUACACUCACGUAGGAGAUACAGCUCUGGGUGUGUCUUUGAGAGCAUUCCCAGAAAGGCUUAACUGAGGACCCUCUCUGGAUGUGAACAGGAUCGUCUCACGGGCUGGGGUCCUGGGAUGAAGAAAAAGGAAGAGAGGAGACGGAGAGCUGAGCACCAACGCCCAUCUCUACCUGCUCCCUGGCUGUGGACACCAUGUGACCAGCCUCCUUAUGCCUCCAUGACUUCCCUGCCAUGACAGCUUGUCCCUUCAAACUGUGAACCCAAACAGAACUUGCUUUCCUACAGCUGCUUUUGUGAGGUAUUUUAUUAUAGCAAUGAAGAAAGUAACUAAUAGACACACUAGCAGUGAGCCAAGAGCAUCUAAACAACCUAAACAAAUAAAUAAAUAUCGAUAAUAUUAGAGCAGUAAUAAAAAGUAUGCCAGCAAAGAAAAGUCCAGGACCUGAUGGCUUCACUAAACUCUGCCAGACUUUUAAAGAACUGAUACCAGUGCCACUCAAGUUGUUCUAUAAAUCAGGAAACAGCACUUUCAAAUCAUUCUAUAAAUUCACGUUACCCUGAUACCGUAGCUGGAUAAAGGUAAAAACAACAAAAGAAAACUAUUCCCCAAUUACCUUCAGGAACACAGAUGCAAAAUCCCUCAAAUAAAGUAUUUGCAAACUGAAUUAAACAGUGUCUUGAAAAGAGAGAGCAUCCACCACGUGAGGGUGAUUUAACAUGGGUAAAACAAUAAACAUAGUUUGGAGCUGUUGCAGAGCGAGAAGCCUUGAGAGGUAGAUCAAGAAGAUAGCUUUUGCGUGCGUGCGUGGUUGGCUGAGGAGAGAUGCACAGUAGGUGGUGGGGUGAGCUGAGGGUUAUGUUUCCACAGCCAUGGCUUGAAGGUAUUUAUAGGCCAAUGGGAAAGAUCCCAUGGAGAGGAGGAGGAUGACCUCCCAAGAGAUUAGUGGGGAGGCAUGGGAAGACCUGGGCAGACUACUUUCUGUGGCAUAGCAGACGCGCGAAGGUUUGUGUUUGGCUUCAUCUGAGCUCUGGCUGGUGGCUGACCCAGACACGGGGAGCGGCUGAGUGGCGGCGUUUUCUGAGUUGUGUUUUGGUGUGUCUGCCUUUCCCAGUCUGGGCUGUCCGCCUGGCCCGUGCCGUUAUAGGGAAUCCACACCCGGCUCCAGGCGCAGUCCCCAGGCCGGGCAUCUCCGCUCUGGGCUCUGCUCCCUGAUGAGAUUCUCAGACUGCUUCCCCUCAUUCAUGAAGAGGCAAGCUCACAGGGCAGGCGUGGGAACCUGCUCGGCCGCCAGGGCAUCCUUCAGUUCAGACUGAGGUCGGCUGCUUCCCUUUCUUCUUGGCUGUCUGUCUCUCAGACCCGGCGGGCUGGCUGAGGUGUCCAAUCUCUUUGGCCCGCGUGAUAAGCCAUAGGUUGGCUCCAGGAUGCUCCAGGAUGCUCUAGGCUGUGGCAACUUCUUCACUUCACAUCGCCAGAAAAGUCCUAGCCGGGCCAGCCCGGCCCCCUCAGAGAUGCAGUUAGGCUUUGGGGAUGGGUCGUCUGCAUUGGGCGCAUCCCAGACCCUCUUCUUCCUCAAGCCUGUCCCCUCCUGGGACACUCAGUUCCCGUCCUCAGUGACGCCAUCCUCCUGCAAUCUGCCGGUUGCGAUGGAUGUGGGGGUGGUAGGACCACAGAGGACGUGGGCAGGCGGGGGUGUGUCUGGGGCCUGGGGAUGGCUGGGCUGGGGAGGUCGCUCCUCGUGCGGGGUCCCACGCGGCACAGGGAGGCGGGCACCGCAUACGUGCAGCGCGUGGCGGGCAGCUCGGGCCUUUCCCGGAGGCUGCAGUGGCUCGGAGCCAGGCCCAGGCGGGCCCGGGGGGCGGGAGGUGGGGACGUGGCGGAGGCUCAAGCGGGCGGAGCCUCGGACGAGGGAGGAGCCGAGCGCGCCGGGGCGACGCCGCGGGAGGUUCUAGAAACGCCGGCUGCCGCGCGUGUCCAGUUACGGAGACCCGUGGUGAUUUGGUGACCGAUUCAACAAACAGCUUUUCGUGUGCCCGGAGACUGCAAGGACAGAAGGAGGCAGAGGGAAGACUCAGAAAGUUCAGGUCCAGAGCAGCAGCAAGAUACUGCCCUUUCCGAUCAUGAAGCUCCAGGUAUUGGUGUUGCUGAUGUCCUGGUUUGGUGUCCUGAGCUGGGUGCAGGCAGAAUUCUUCACCUCUAUUGGGCACAUGACUGACCUGAUUUACGCAGAGAAGGACCUCGUGCAGUCUCUGAAGGAGUACAUCCUUGUGGAGGAAGCCAAGCUCUCCAAGAUUAAGAGCUGGGCCAGCAAGAUGGAAGCCCUGACCAGCAAGUCAGCUGCCGACCCUGAGGGCUACCUGGCUCAUCCUGUGAAUGCCUAUAAGCUGGUGAAGCGGUUGAACACAGACUGGCCUGCACUGGGGGACCUGGUCCUGCAGGACUCGGCUGCCGGUUUCGUUGCCAAUCUCUCAGUCCAGCGGCAGUUCUUCCCCACUGAUGAGGAUGAGUGUGGAGCUGCCAGAGCGCUGAUGAGACUUCAGGACACCUACAAACUGGACCCAGACACGAUUUCUAGAGGGGAACUUCCAGGAACCAAGUACCAGGCCACGCUGAGUGUGGAUGACUGCUUUGGAAUGGGCCGCUCAGCCUACAAUGACGGAGACUAUUAUCACACGGUGCUGUGGAUGGAGCAGGUGCUGAAGCAGCUAGACGCUGGGGAGGAGGCUACCGUAACAAAAUCCCUGGUGCUGGACUACCUGAGCUAUGCUGUCUUCCAGCUGGGUGACCUGCACCGUGCCGUGGAGCUCACCCGCCGCCUGCUGUCCCUUGACCCAAGCCAUGAACGAGCUGGGGGGAAUCUGCGGUACUUUGAGCGGCUGUUGGAGGAAGAAAGAGAAAAAGCGUUGUUCAAUCAGACAGAAGCUGGACUAGCGACCCAGGAAAACUUGUACGAGAGGCCUGUGGACUACCUCCCCGAGAGGGACGUGUAUGAGAGCCUGUGUCGUGGGGAGGGCAUCAAACUGACGCCCCAGAGGCAGAAGAAACUCUUCUGUAGGUACCAUCAUGGUAACGGGGUGCCACAGCUCCUCAUCGCCCCCUUCAAAGAGGAAGAUGAGUGGGAUAGUCCGCACAUCGUCAGAUACUAUGAUGUGAUGUCGGAGGAAGAAAUCGAGAGGAUCAAGGAAAUCGCGAAGCCCAAACUCGCACGAGCCACUGUUCGUGAUCCCAAGACAGGCGUCCUCACUGUUGCCAGCUACAGAGUUUCCAAAAGCUCCUGGCUAGAGGAGGAUGAUGACCCUGUUGUGGCCCGAGUCAACCGCCGGAUGCAGCAUAUCACAGGGUUGACAGUGAAGACCGCAGAACUAUUGCAGGUCGCGAACUAUGGAAUGGGAGGACAGUACGAACCCCACUUCGACUUCUCUAGGCGACCCUUUGACAGCGGCCUCAAAACGGAGGGAAAUAGGUUAGCGACGUUUCUUAACUAUAGCGAUGAGCAAGAUGCUUUCAAGCGUUUAGGGACUGGGAAUCGUGUGGCCACGUUUCUAAACUACAUGAGUGAUGUAGAAGCUGGAGGUGCCACUGUCUUCCCUGACCUGGGAGCUGCAAUUUGGCCCAAGAAGGGCACAGCUGUAUUCUGGUACAACCUUCUGCGGAGUGGGGAAGGGGAUUAUCGAACGAGACAUGCGGCCUGCCCUGUGCUUGUGGGCUGCAAGUGGGUCUCCAAUAAGUGGUUCCAUGAACGAGGACAAGAGUUCUUGAGGCCUUGUGGGACAACAGAAGUCGAUUGACGUCCUUUGCUCUGCCCUUUCCUGGCCCCAUAGCCAAGUCAUCAAGUUCAGCGUGACGGAUUCCUUUGUGUGUUCCAGCUCCUGUCAGGCAGGUCAUUGGAGGAGCCAGUGUUUGUCUGAAUUUGAGAGAGUGUGUCCUGGGCCGAGUCCUGGGUGACCUGGGCCCCAGACUCUGGCCAGCCUAUGCUUCCUCUGGCUCCAAGGGUAGCAUUGGUGUGGCUGCUGCAGAACCAGACUGUGUAGCACCUCGGUCGGUGCCUUCGUACCUCAGAUGUUUCAGGUGGGAGAUGUUUUAGUGAAACCAAAGUUCUGAUGCUGUGUUUACAGGUUUGUUUUUAUGACAUUUCUAUUUGUUGUGGCUUUAACCAAAAAAUAAAAUCUCCCUGCCAGAA